CGCAAAGACUCCAACAGGAGCGACUCUGUGGAGUGCACCGACUGGUUGGUUCGCCUGGCCGCCGAAGGUGCUGCUGCUGCUGCUGGAACAUCUACAGCUCCAACGGACAAGAGCUGCAGCCUGACGCGCCUCUCCACUCAUUCCGGAGGAAUAACGCGGCUGCUGGCGCACCUUUUCUGCAGGCGUUCAUAGUUAAAGGGAAGAGCCAAGUCCUGCGUCCAUGGCCAGUCCGGUUGCAGACCUUGGGCAGUCUCAUCAGCAUCACCUUGUGACGGAGUCGGCGGCCGACGCUGCGUUUCUGGAGGCGCAGAAAUGGAUCGAGGCCGCCACUGGACGGUGUUUUGGUGACAAGGAUUUCCGAGGAGGUUUGGAGAACGGGAUUCUGCUGUGCGAGUUACUGAGCUCCAUUAGACCCGGCUUGGUAAAGAAAAUUAACCGGCUGCCAACACCAAUAGCUGGCCUGGACAACCUCAGUGUUUUUCUGCGAGGCUGUGAGGAGUUGGGGCUGAAAGGCUCCCAGCUGUUUGACCCUGGAGACCUGCAGGACACUUCGACACGUCCUGCUGCCAAGGGAAGCGACUGCAGCCGAAGGCUCAAAAAUGUUUUAAUCACAAUCUACUGGCUCGGUCGGGCUGCCAACAGCUGCACCUCCUACAACGGGCCCACGCUGGACCUAAAAGAGUUUGAGGGCUUGCUGUCACAAAUGCGAAAGGAGGCAGAGGCGGCAGAAAGUCCUCAGCGUAGCAUUCGGGACAGCGGCUACAUCGACUGUUGGGACUCUGAACGCAGCGACUCUCUCUCCCCGCCACGCCACGGACGCGAAGAUUCAUUCGACAGCCUGGACUCCUUCGGCUCGCGCUCGCAGCAGACUCCGUCGCCGGACGUCCUGGUGCCACGCGGCAGCAGCGAUGGCCGCGGCAGUGACUCAGAGUCUGACGGCACGCCUAACAGGAAGAUGCCAGAUCUCCACAAGGACGACAUGUUAGCGCGGCGGACGUCCGUCACUGAGCUGCGGACCGCCAUGCCUUUCAACCAGUACCUGCCCAACAGGAGCAACCAGAGUGGAUACGUGCCGGCGCCGCUUCGCAAGAAAAAGUGCGAAAAGGAGGAGGGAGGGCGCAAGAGCUGCAGUACCGCCACAUCGCCUGUAGGGGUAGACCGACCUUGCAGUCCAAAUGGAGUCCCUGUCUUAGUCCUCCCACUUGGGGAGUCCCAUAGCCCUUCUCCCACCCCACCCACCGAACCACAGAUUCAGGAGAGCGGCAGUAAAGACGAUGAGGAGGAGGUGAAGCUGAGCGCCUCCUCACCUUGCAUUAGGAUCCACGCUGUGGGAAUAAGGAGGAGCAGUGAGCCUCUACGCUGUGGCCUCAGCCAGACCUACUCGGAGCCCCCCAGAGGCACCAUAACUCAGCCGAAGGUCAACUGUGAACAAAGGAGUGUGAGUAUGAACGACAUGUGUGGUGAAGAAGAGGCCAUCCGGCGGCCGCACAGUCACGUUCGUCACGAACUGAUGCACAACCAGUACAACAGGAUGAAAGAAGACGAGAAUCACUGGCAGGAAGACCUGGCCCGGUGGAAAAGUAGGAGGAGGAGUGUCUCUCAGGAUCUGAUUAAAAAAGAGGAGGAGAGGAAAAUGAUGGAGCGACUGAUGUCGGGAGACAGCUGCAUCUCUCAAAGGAGAAAAAGCAUCAAAACCUACAGAGAAAUUGUGGAGGAAAAGGAGCGGCGUGAGGAGGAGCUGCGGGAGGCGUACCGUAAAGCCAGAACUCCAGAGGAGGCAUCAGCCAUUCUCCAGCGUUACGCCCAGCGUUUCUCUAUCAGCGAGGCCAUCCUGGAGCGCCUGCAGCUGCCCAAGCUGCUGGACCGCAGCGUCUCAGCCGAUCCCUCCCUUUCCACCUCUCCCUUCUCCCUCUCGCUCUCCUCCUCCCCCACGACUCCGGACCCCUUCGACGAGGACCCCAGCGGGCCCAUGAGGUAUCUGCGGCAGCAGUCCGCGCCGACGCCAAGGUUUACGUCCACGCUGGAGGCCCAGAUCGCCGAGUUUCCCAAAGACUCCACCUCACACCAGCGGCCCCAGAUUCGCUCUCGCUCGUCUGAGCCGCCGUCCACCCGAGCCCUGUCGCCCAAACCGGUGCCUUUGCUGACACCCAAGCCUUACUUCCAGCCUCGACCGUCGGCAGAUGAAAAGUGGAAUGGCAAGGGGGACAGUUUGCUACGGGUAAACGGCGACAUCGGAAACGACGCCGCUUCCAUAAAGCCCGAGUGGAAAGAAAGGGAAUCCCCUCCCCAAUUCCAGGCGUCUCCUUCCGAGUCUGGGAACGGCACAGCGGCUGCGUCCACGCCAGACGCCUCACCUGCUCGCAGUCCGCCAGCCUCCCCUGAAACAGGAAGUCAAGCGUCAACAAAGGCCAACGACCGACAGGGCAGCAGAGAGGUCGCUUCUCAGGACGCCAAAGUCACGGAGAGUUCACCACCUCCCACUCGGCCAACGUCUCUUCCUGAGGAGCUAAAUCAGCCAGAGGACAGCUUCAGCGGGACGGGAGGCCUGACAGAUGCUGCUCAACAGGAGGAAAAGUCCAACGCUGCAGCUAAGCAAGCGCCACCUGCAGAGCCCAAACCAGAGAAGACUCAACAGUCCAGUGAGAACCUGCAGUUUUUUCCAACUGAGGUUAACACAUUAAAAAAUCAGGCUUUCGCGUCAACGGAGUCUUUUCAGAGAACGGAGGCAGCGCCGACCUCGGAUGCACCCGGAUCGCUUGGAUAUCUCCCUCCAAAGGAAGCCUCAUCAGAGGUUGAAAUCAGUGUCAGGUCCCCGCAGACCUCCAGCAAUCCUAAGUCACGCUGGGAGUUCUUCGCUACACCAGAAGAUGCAGAGAAGGAUCCACAUGGAAACGAGAAGUACCAGCGCGAGCAGGAGAAGCUGAAGGAGGAGUGGGAGAAAGCGCAGCGGGAGGUGGCAGAGGAGGAGAGGAAGUAUCAUGAGGAGGAGCGAAAGAUCCUGGAAGAAACUGUGAUGCCGUUGACGCCCCGCUCCUCAGCCCUGCCCUCCCCCAGCCGGGAGGGCCUCUCCUCCACCUCUGAGCCACAGGACACGAUCGUCCGUUCUCUGGCAGAUUGGGAACGCAAACAAGAGCUAUUAGAGAGGCGGUCUAGAGGAAGCACCGAGAGCGCAGAUUGGAAAAGGAGAGAAAACGACAGGACCAGUGACAUCAGCACUGCUGACGACAGCAUGAAAACUGGCAGAAGCAUGGUGAGCCAGAACAGCAGCCAGGCAGAGAAACUUAGUCAAAGUGUUCACAACAGCCAGAAGCCUCCUCCUACGUUGGCCAAAUGUUCAACUCCAGACAAGAGGCAACCUGGGCCCUCUGCCGACAGCACCAGAGCCAGCCGGCCUGCAGGAGAGCGAAGGUGCGGCCCCACUGAUAAUAAUGUAGGACGCAGCUCAUCCAAAUCCCUCGCAGCAUGCCCAUCAGAACCAGACUCAUUACCCCCACCACCCAACAGGUCCGUCAGUGGGAGGAAGCUCUGCUCCAGCUGUGGGCAGCCUCUGGGAAAGGGAGCGGCCAUGAUCAUAGAGACUCUAAGCCUCUACUUCCACAUCCACUGCUUCAAGUGUGGGGUGUGUAAAGGACAGUUGGGCGACACCACCACAGGGACAGACGUCCGGAUCAGAAACGGCCUCCUCAACUGCAAUCAAUGCUACAUCCGUUCCCGCUCGGCCGGACAGCCGACCACGUUGUGACGCUCAAGUGAAAAGCACAAGGUUCACCGAAGAAAGCGUCAUCCCUGUUUUAACCUGGUUAUCCACCAAUCAUGCCCUCCGCAGCCUGUUGGGAUGUAUGCUUCCUCCGCAGCUCUGUGACCACUGGAGAUUCAUCAUAUGGGCCAAAUAGGGAUCUGGGGACAGUUUAAAACAACAACAUAUAUUCUGUGUUCAUGUCAUCUGCUGCGUGAGUGAAGUCUGAAUUCAAUCGGUCCUCGUCUAUCCAUGAAACAUGCUUCUUUAUGCAUCAACUUUGUUCUGAGGCGGCAGCCAUGUUGAAUGGAAAACACAUUGAACCCCCUGUUUAUGCUGGAAAAUAAAAUUUACCUUUUAACUCCACAUGAGGGAUAGAAGUGUUAUGCAACCUGUUUCGGAUUAAAGAUUUAUGGGUUGUUGUAUUUUUUCUCUCCAAGGGAUUCAAAUCCAAAUAUUAGGGUUAGGAAAUGAGACCAGUUUGUUCAUUUGGAUUUUUCUGUAAGUCUUUAAUAAACUGAAUCUUAAAAAUAUAUACACUGUUGUGCCCCUAUGGGUAAAACACACAUUAAAACCUAAAUGCUAAAUUGGAAAAGUGCAAUAAUGUUCAGAAUAAACCUAUUUAGAAUCAAAUAAAGUGCACAAAAGUAUAUAUUUUUACACUCGACCCUGGUACAAAGCUUUUGUUUUCUGUACAGAACAAGAUUAGUAUCUGAUAUAAAGAUAUGGAACAGAUUUGGGCUCAUUUUAAGGCAGUAAUGCCAGUAGUGUGCUGUUUAUGAGCUUUUUGGUUGCAGCAGAUUGUUCUUUAUCCAGUCUGAUUGUAUAGCCAACACUUUAAUGUGCCUUAGGACAGUGACAUGAUGCAGGAAGCAAAGCACCACUUGUGUGGUGUCUUAUUUCUCCACCGUUUUUCUUUGGCGAAGAAUGAUUUGGUCAAAUUUAAACUGGGAAACCACAGAAAGUGCAAACUAGAUCCCUCCUUCAUCCGCGUAAUCACUGGUGUUUAUUUCCAUCCAGACAUACUCGAUUUCAUCAUCUCCCUUUGAUUGCCCUGUGAUGUGUAAUGGUACAUGAUAAAAGAAAAACAUGUGUUACACAAUAUACCGCGUGUACUCCGUACCGCAGGGCAAAUAUGGGUUUCAUUUUGGAUGUUUGUGAUAUUGAAUGUGUAAGAAUUGGGCUAUUUUGAUCAUUUCUCAGCUGUAUAGUUCAUUUAUGCGCCUGAAAAAGUUUAAACACAAACAUCUGCAUUAUCUGCAACAUCUAUCAUCAGCAGAGGUAAUAUGAAGACAUACCAGCAGCAGCUGCACCUGUGCAAUGUUUGGUUGGUUUAAAACGAAAGAUUUACCCUGCCAGCUGCACAUUUAAAACUCUGGCUAAGAGCUUUAUGAUGUGUUGUGGGUGUUUUGGAGAAAAAAAAUGCAUGUUUAAGCAUAAAACCAAAUGAUUUGCUGUAUGAAAGCAACACAGCCUAAACUUCCUCGUGCUGAACAGGCUUCACCUCCGGGGUCAUCUCUCACUUUCUCUGAUCUACAGUAUUUUUAAGAUUAUUUUCCAACUGUUCUAUUUUUAUUUUUUAAUCCUCAUUUAGCUGAUGAGUAAAUCAAAGACAAGUCUUUUAUUGCAGGAAUUUUGAGUCCGAGCUCUCUCCCAGAGGGUUUGUGCUGGACAGUAGGGGAAUGGAAAGCUUUUUGCAUCUGUACUGUAUUUAUUGUAUAAUAUUCACCUUGAACACUACCCAGAAUAUAGUUUCAUUUGAUGUAUAAAUGCGACGGCAUUUAUUAUUGCAUUACUGUAUGUUUAUAAAUAAACAUGAUAAAUCAAAAUUA